AUGUCCAAAUCUAAGCCUCGCUUGGGAGGCUCCUCGGUCACGGUGAUAGGCAAAACUCACGACGAGUCCUCGAAGACCGCAAGCCCUUCGAUUGAAAACCUGCGUAACGAAAUCCAAGCCCGGUUUCAAACGCUAGACCAGAAACCCACAAAAAAGCAGAAGAGGGAUAACAAGAAUAAGACCUCAGUCAGCAGUGGAAAUAAGGGCAAGUCUGAUGCGGACGCCUUAGGGCGAGGAAAGAAGCGCGAUCGAAGUGGCCAAGUCCUGGAUCGUGACAAACAGAAUGCUGCUCAGAAGGAUAGAAUCCAGGAUAAUGAAGGUGGGGAGAGUGACGAAGACGACGAGUUUCGAAAAGAAGUGCAAGCCCUGGGUGGCACCUCCGAGGACCUGGAACUCGUUGCGGACGCAGAGUCCGACUCCGAGCUUGAGGGGCUCUCGAACGAAAAGACACUGAAAACUUCCAAGUCUCGGCCAUCUUCUCAGGCGGAUAUGGAAGGACUGGAUAAAGGACUGAAAAAUAUCCUGAAAGAGAUUGCCCUUGCACAGGGCGACCUUGAUGAGGAGGAACAUGAGUCCGACUUCAGCAACGUGGACGACCAGGAUCUCAAACGCCCUGCAGUGGAUGUCCACGCUAAGCAAGCCGAUGUGCCCCCACAGGGUAAAGACAUCAAGCAGCAGAAAGAAAAGUCACAACGCGGGAAGAAGGCUCACUUCAUCUGCGAACCCAGACCGGAGUGGUUCGACGUCCCUAGCCUAGAGGUCGACACGCAGACCGGCCUCAAAUAUACUCCCUCGAAAGACUCAAUCGACGAACUCUACGACUAUGCAAAGACCCUAUUGGAUGAAGAGAACCAGCGUUUUCAAGACUCGCAGCAGUCGUCGUCGGCCCAGUCCUUCUACAAUACAGUCAUUACAUCGGGGACGCUGUCGGACAAGAUCUCGGCCUUGACACUGGCCGUGCAAGAAUCACCCCUCCACAAUAUGCGGGCUCUUGAAACCCUGAUUGCGUUGGCGCGCAAACGCAGUCGGUCUCAGGCGGUGGAUGUACUUCGAGCUCUUAAGGAUCUCUUCGCACAAGGGUCUCUACUGCCAGAAUCGAGGAGACUCUACGCUUUCCACGCACAGCCAGCCCUUUCUCAUGUUUUAGGAGAAGUGAAGACAUGGAGAAAGGGGAACAGACUGCCGCGUGGCCUCGAGCAGAAGCACCUCAUUGUGUGGGCGUUCGAGAGCUGGUUGAAAGAGCAAUAUUUUGAGGUUCUCAAAACCCUCGAAGUCUGGUGUAACGACGAAAUCGAAUUUUCCAAGGCACGAGCUGUAAGCUACGUGUAUGAGCUGCUCAAGGAAAGACCGGAGCAGGAGUCGAACUUGCUCCGACUCCUCGUCAACAAACUUGGCGAUCCGGUGAAAAAGAUUGCUUCGCAAGCCUCGUACCUGCUAAUGCAGUUGUUGAUCAACCAUCCGGCCAUGAAAGGGAUCGUCAUUUCGGCAAUUGAGACAGACUUCCUCUUCCGCCCGGGACAGAGCUUGCAUGGCAAGUACUACGCGGUGGUGACGCUCAAUCAGACAGCACUGAGCUCAAAGGAGGAGGAAGUGGCAGAGAAACUGAUCGGUAUCUAUUUCCCCCUAUUUACACAGCUGCUUAAAUCUACGUCGGCAUCGUCCGACGAGCAGACGGAUGAUGGACCAGUACCUCGUGGUCGUGGAAAACAAAGCAAGCCCGCGGCCACCUCCGGGCAAGCGCAAACGGAGGAAUUGAGGGAGAAACUGGUCUCGGCCAUUCUGACAGGGGUCAAUCGGGCAUACCCCUAUGUUGGUUCGACUGGGACGAGUUUCAGCGAACAUAUGGAAACCCUGUUCAAGAUUGCACAUUCACCAAACUUUAAAACGAGCAUUCAGGCGCUGCUGCUCAUCCAGCGACUGUCGACACCGCACAAAGCCUCGAACGAUCGGUUUUACCGGGUGCUGUACGAAUCGCUGUUGGAUGCCCGGUUGAUUCACGCCUCGAAGCAACAACUAUAUCUCAAUCUGCUGCAUCGAGCGCUCAAGGCCGAUUUGAACGUGAAACGCGUCAAGGCUUUUGUGAAGAGAUUGUUACAGAUCCUGUCGUUGCAAGAGCCUUCGUUCAUCUGCGGAGCCUUUUUCCUGAUUCGAGAUCUUGAGUCGACCUUCCCACCACUCACCGGGCUGAUAGAUCAGCCGGAGGACCAUGACGACGACGAAGAAGUGUUUCGGGAUGUGGACGAAGAUGCCACUGCUCCUCCACCGGCGACCCUGAACCAGCCCCAAGGCAAUGUUUACGAUGGACACAAGCGGGCGCCUGAGCAUGCCAAGGCCGACAACAGCUGCGCGUGGGAAUUGCUUCCAUUUCUGGCGCACUUCCAUCCCUCCGUUUCUGUCAGCGCGGACCACGUCUUGCGACAUGCCAAACUCCCCGGGAAACCAGAUCUCAGUCUGCAUACGCUCAGCCACUUCCUGGACCGAUUUGUGUAUCGUAACCCCAAGCUGUCAUCGUCCGGUCUACGAGGGUCCUCAAUCAUGCAGCCGAUGGCGGCGGGUGACACGCACAACGUCCUCAUUGCCGGCAGUUUGGGUGGUCAUCGCCAGCUACCGGUGAACAGCGACGCCUUCAAGUCCAAGAAGAGUGACGAAGUAGCCGCUGAGGAUGUCUUCUUCCAUCAGUACUUCUCGACUCUAGACAAAGGGGCGACAAAGAAAGUGAAGGCGCAGAAGAAGCAUCAAAGCGAUGGGGAAGAAUCCGCAGAUGAGGAUGACGUGUGGAAGGCCAUGAUGGACAGCGCACCCGACCUUGAAGGGGAGAUGGAGAGUGAUGAUGAUGUCGACCUGUCUGAACUAGAUUCGGCCAUGGACGAAUCUGAUGGCGAGGGUGUGGACAUUGAGGCGGGCAUCUUUGAUGAAGACGAGGAAGAUCUCAUGGAGAUUGAGGAAGAUGGCGGCAGUGAGGGCAGAGACUUUGCAGGGUUUGAGUCGGAGGAAGACGACGACGACGAAGUAGAAGCAUCGGAUAAGAGGAAGAAGAGCAAGAAGGAGACCGAAGCAGAUGCGGGUAAGGGGAAGAAGAACAAAAAGCUGAAGGGUCUGCCUACGUUUGCAGCGGUAGAAGACUAUGCGAAGAUGCUGGAGGACGACGAGGACGAGGAUGUGUGA